AUGUCGAGUGUUAACGAUUACACUGUUGGUUGGAUAUGUGCUAUUAGCACAGAACUAGUUGCUGCCAGAGCAUUUCUCGACGAAGAGCAUGAUCCUUCCGGCGCCGUUUCUCCUCACGACAAUAAUGUCUAUACGUUAGGGAAGAUGGGGAAGCACAAUGUUGUCAUUGCUGCCUUGCCAGACGGGGAAUAUGGUAUCAGCGCAGCGGCAUCCGUCGCUAGAGAUAUGCUACAUAGCUUCCCUAAUGUCAGGUUUGGUUUGAUGGUAGGCAUUGGAGGUGGCGUUCCAAGCAAUCACGACAUCCGCCUGGGAGAUAUCGUUGUUAGCGCCACACGCAAUGGACAAGGAGGAAUAUUCCAAUAUGAUUUUGGAAAAACAAUUCAGGCCCAAGAGUUUCAAAAUAUAAUGUUCCUGGACCAACCUCCGACCCUUUUACGGAGCGCUGUCGGUGAUCUCAAGGCUCGCUACGAGAGCGAUGGUCAUCAGUUUCAAGAGGUUAUAAACAAUAUCUUCAACAAGAAACCGAGGCUCCGAAAAAAAUACCAACGGCCUAACCCGAAUACCGACCGAUUGUACAUCAGCAGUGCAGUUCACCCUUUCACGAAUGAUGAAAUGUGUGCAACAGCCUGUGGCGAUUCAAUGUUAGUGCCACGAGAACCACGGGAAGAGUAUGAAGAUGAUCCGGCAAUUCACUACGGUCUCAUUGCAUCAGGGAAUCAGCUAAUGAAGGAUGCUCUCAUUCGAGAUGAACUUGCCUUGAAGAAGGACGUCCUUUGUUUUGAGAUGGAGGCAGCAGGGCUGAUGAAUCACUUCCCUUGUCUCGUAAUUCGUGGGAUAUGUGACUACUCAGACUCACACAAGAAUAAAUAUUGGCAGGGCUACGCAGCAAUGACCGCAGCUGCUUAUGCAAAGGAUGUUCUUAAAUGCGUCCCCCCUAAUAAGAUCGAGGCUGAGCAACGGAUUGGAGAUGCACUUUCCGGAGUGAAAGAAAGUGUCGAUCAUCUUAUCCGUACGCAGCAUGAUGGGCGCAAUCUGGCCAUUCUGAACUGGCUCGCUUCAGGUGAAUACGGUGCACAACAGAGCGAUUGUCUCAGGCAACGAGAACAAGGAACCGGAGAAUGGCUUCUCAAUUCAGACCAAUUCCAGACCUGGAUCAAAGGCGAGAAUCAGAUGCUGUUCUGUCCAGGCAUACCGGGGGCGGGCAAGACUAUUCUGACGUCAAUUGUUAUUGAUCAUCUUCAUUCGCAUUUUCAAGAAGAUCCAAAAUCAGGCAUUGCAUAUUUCUUUUUCAAUUAUAAGCGCCAGGACCAGCAAAAAAAUGAAGACUUACUGGCGAGUUUGUUGAGGCAGCUUACCGCACGUCAACCUUCUAUGCCCAAAGUAGUGCAAGACCUUUAUGAUCGACAUAAUGGACAAAGGACACGACCAUCUACCGACGAACUCAUGCAGGCUCUUCAGUCUGUAGUGAUAACAUAUUCAAGAGUUUUCAUCAUGAUCGACGCACUUGAUGAGUGUAGAUCAGUUGAUCACACUCAUUCGAGCGUUUUAUCCGGUAUCUUUACACUUCGGUCAAAAACCAAGGCAAAUUUCUUCUUAACCUCUCGACUUAACGCGAACAUCACAGAAAAUUUUGAGGGCAUUCCUGAACUAAAGAUAUAUGCAAACAAUGACGAUGUUCAAAGAUACCUAAGGGGUAAUAUGCGCCAUCUUCCAAGAUUUGUGCGCGACGAUCCCGGCCUGCAGGAAAAAAUAAUUACUAGUAUUCUUAAAGCCGUCCAGGGAAUGUUCCUUUUGGCCCGGUUCCAUCUCGACUCCUUGAAAGGGAAAACAAAGCCCAAGGAAAUUACGAAUGCCUUGCAAAAACUAGCCACAGGCUCCGAUGCAUACGAGCAAGUCUACAACGAAACUAUGCUCCGUAUUAUCAGCCAAUACAAAGAGCAAGCACAGCUUGCAAAGUCGGUCCUCUCUUGGGUCACCUUUGCAAAGAGACCACUCACCGUUGUUGAGCUUCGGCAUGCGCUUGGUGUGGAACACGGAGAGUCCACCUUUGACGAACAAAAUAUGCCGGAUAUUGAGCUUAUGGUGUCUGUAUGUGCUGGCUUAGUUACUAUCGAUAAUGAUAGUAACAUUAUCCGGUUAGUCCACUAUACUGCCCAGGAGUAUUUCCAACAGGCACACGAUACAUGGCUUCAAGAACCCCAAGCCGAAAUCACAACAACCUGUAUUACGUACUUAUCAUACAAGGUGUUUGAACCCGAAACAGGCGAUAAGUAUGAUGAUUUUGUGGCAUGCAAUAAUGCUCAUCCGCUCUACGAUUAUGCCUCGAAGUAUUGGGGCUACCAUGCGCGUGAAGACUCUGUGUUAAGAGCCGACGUAAUGGCGUUUUUAGAGGAUAUGGCCAAGAUAGGGUCACACUGCAAGAUAUUAGAGAGUAUGGGAGGGCCAAUUGAAUUUUCAAACAGAAAAUUGGCGCAUCACACGACAGGACUACAUUUAGCAAGUUGGUUUGGACUCAUCGCAGCUGUUGAUCUAAUUCUAAGCAACGGUGAUAUCGAGGCUCCGAACGAAGCUGGAGAGACACCACUACAUGUCGCAGCUCAGAAGGGCCAUGAGCCCAUCGUCCAAAUGCUACUGGACAUGGACGCUAAUAUCGAUGCUAAAAACAAAGGUAGAAGAACACCGCUACAUUGUGCAGCUUGUCAUGGACAGGAGGCAGUAGUUCAGAUGCUUCUUGAUAGGGGCGCUGAUAUUGAGGCUGUUUCAACACAUGGCUAUACCCCGCUACAUCAUGCGGCCCUGUAUGGAUAUGAGGAAAUAGCUCGGCUGCUUCUUGACAGAGGCGCUGAUAUCGAGGCUGUUUCGACAGAUGGCUAUACCUCACUACAUUUUGUAGCCCAGCAUGGACAUGAGGAAAUAGCUCAGCUGCUUCUUGACAGAGGCGCUGAUAUCGAGGCUGUUUCAACACAUGGCCGUACCCCGCUAUACUAUGCAGCUGAGCAUGGACGUGAAGCAGUAGUUCAGAUGCUUCUUAAUAGAGGUGCUAAUACUGAGGCCGUCAAAGGAUUUUAUGGCUUGGAACCUUUAUUAAUAGCUGCCUCGAGUGGCUAUGAAGCUAUUGUCCAGCUACUUCUUGACAAGGGCGCGAAUGUUGAGGUUGUUACAAGAGUAGGCUACACGCCGCUAAUUGCUGCAGCUUCUGGUGGCUUUGAAGCUAUUAUCCAACAGCUUCUUGACAGAGGCGCUAAUAUUGAGGUUACUGAAACGAUAUCUGGGAUGACGCCAUUACUUCAUGCAGCUAGGACUGGAUGUCAGGCAGGAGUCCAGAUGCUUCUCAACAAAGGCGCUAAUAUUGAGGCGACUGGAACAACGUCUGGCAUGACACCAUUACUUUUUGCAGCUCAAUUUGGACGAGAAGCUGUUGCUCAGCUGCUCCUUGACAGAGGCGCUAAUAUUGAGGCGACUGAAACAACGUCUGGCAUGACACCGUUACUUGUUGCAGCUAAGUUUGGACGAGAAGCUGUUGCUCAGCUGCUCCUUGACAGAGGCGCUAAUAUUGAGGUGACUGAAACAACAUCUGGCAUGACGCCGUUACUUUUUGCAGCUAAGCGUAGGCUUGAAGCACUUGCCCAGCAGCUUCUUGAUAGAGGCGUUAAUAUCGAGGCGACUGAAACGAAGUCUGGCAGGACACCGUUACUUCUUGCCGCUAAGUGCAAAUGUAAAUAUCAUGCCCAGAAGCUUCGCGACAGAGAUGCUGUUCUGAAGUCGUAUGGACCAAAUCUUGGCAGAAGCAUAUUACGUUCUGCAGAAAAAGUAUAA